GGACAAUGAACUGUCCGCUCGUAACUGAAAAAAAGGCAAUCUACCACGCAGGUACGGCAUAUAUAGCGUUCACUCGGAAGCAUGUAGAUCACAAAAAAAAAUUCUCCCACAAAACAUGAUUCCAAAGUAUAUUGCGCUCAGUCUCGUUGCGUGUUUGUACGGCGCUACUUUAGGUGCAACAAUCAAACGAAGUGAUGACUCUAGCAUAGAUGGCUUUAUGUCAGCCCGUGGGCUUAUACCUGAGGGUACGUAUCAAGACCAUGAUUUUCCACACUAUUUCUAUCUAGAAGAUGAUCAACUGAGCACAAAAGUGAUUCAAAUUAUACUCGAUCCUUUCGACACUAAUGGGGCUGGCGAUUCUGCUAGGCCUCGAAAUGAGAUAACAAGCGGAGAUUGGAGCGACUUCCCCUACAAAAUCACCUCGAAGGAGGAGGACCACGAUUUUGUAAUCCGAUUCAAAUUCAGAACUGAGCACGAAAUAGAUACUGGCGGUAGUACCCUGCAUGUUUUCCAACUAUUUGACGACCACAACCCGAAUGCUGUAUUGAGCUUUACUGAUGAUAAUGACUUGGUAUUCUGGUCCCCAAGCCGCGACCUGUUUGAUAAAGUUGUUAUUCCAUACGAAUGGGAACAAUGGCUAGAUAUAGAGAUCCGAUUUUCUUAUGGAAGAAAUUGCUAUUUUGACAUCAACGUAAAGAAUUUAGAUGGUGACCUUAUGAACAGUGCCAAAAAUGAUAUCGGCGAGUACCACAUCCAAGACUUCCAAAAACUUAAAUUCGGACUAUAUCAAAUCGACGAAAAGGCGCCCCCCAUGACAUUCAUGACGCGAUACACGGAUAUGGAAUUCAGCACCGAUGAUGGCAACUACUACAGAUAGAAUUGAAAACUUCGAG